CGGAAAGCUAAGUAAAUAUGCCUUACUUCCCGUACUGUAGCCAAUGGGGGAGUAGAUUCCCACAAUGGAGUGAUCCGUUUGGACAAAUGGAGAUGCGGGGUAAAUUGUAUUAGCAGGUGAUUAUGUUAGUAAAUCUUAUGUUAUCAACACCAGGGCAAGCUAUAUACUGACUACAGAUCAGCGAUUUUAGUUCGUAGAUUACUGACUGUUAUAUUGGGCAUGAUGUGUCAGCGGUGGUUUUCAAAAGCAGCACGGCUGUUUGCCAAGGAUAGGCCUAGACCUCUUUGUGGGUAUUUGACCAAGAAGAGGCUAGUAAUGUUGAAAUAACGUCAUUAUUUAAAUUGAGAAAGGACAGGGCUCAACCUAACGCAUAGUACCUUCUAAACCUGAAGCAUAGCGAGGACUAAACCUAUAGUUCCAACAAAAGAGACAGACAAACCACAUUUAUGAGGGCAUCAGUUUUGUUCAGGGGAUCCAUAAAGCUCUUCCUCUGCGCAGUUUGCAGACACAUUGUGAUACCUUUUGUUCACUAACACGAUUCUUAGUACUUUUGAUACAUCCAGUGAGUCAACACUGUAUCUGCCACCACACACGCGCACACGAACACAGGGUGAGAUUUCUACAAGGAAGGCGUGGUUGAGUUUCCUAGACUACAGAGGCGUGGCCUAUCGAACUUUCAAACUCAGUGACGCUCCAGUGGGCGUGGUCGGUCCCAGGAACAUUCGUCCUAAAGGAGCUGAGCUGCGUCCAGACUCUUCCUGAUGUUGCUAGAAAAUUCUCGAACUUUCUGCGCGGGUAUAAACUAGAAUGGGUCCCAAGUGGAGUGUCGAGCUGAGCUGACAGAACGGUAGCAUUCUUCAACAGUAUGUGUACAGUUCAGGUUAGGCUUUCAUACGUUUAUUUACCAUUCCAUAGAUAGACUGCCUGCAAGCGGACCAGCGCAUUUAAAGAGAGACCCGUCUACCUUGUGUGAAUUUGAUUGACAGUCAACACAGGCUCAAGCAAGGGAACUUGAAACUAUUUCUCGCAGCUUUUCGGAAUAAACACACCGACAGCUAAAUGGUCAAAAUGGGUAAAGACUACUAUAAUGUCCUGGGCAUACAGAAAGGAGCGACGGAGGACGAGAUCAAAAAGGCUUAUCGUAAGCAGGCUCUGCGUUACCACCCGGAUAAAAACAAGGCUCCUAAAGCCGAGGAUAAGUUUAAAGAAAUAGCUGAAGCUUAUGACGUUCUGAGCGACCCAAAGAAAAAGGACAUUUACGACCGAUUCGGUGAAGAAGGGUUGAAGGGAGGAGGCCCCCCAGGAGGAGGGGGUGUUCCCGGGGGCCCUAGUUUCAGCUACUCCUUCCAGGGUGACCCCCACGCCAUCUUCGCCGAGUUCUUCGGGGGCCGGAGCCCCUUCGACCAGUUCUUCCCCCGAAACGGCGGGGGCCCAGACGGGGACGACAUGGACACUGACGAUCCCUUCGCCCGUUUUGGGAUGGGGGGCGGUGGCAUGGGGGGGUUUCCCCGUUCCUUCAGCACAGGGAUGGGGGGAGGGGGGAUGGGGGGGCAGAUGGUUGAGAAGCACCAGGACCCACCCCUGCUCCACGACCUCAGGGUGACCUUAGAGGAGGUUCUCUCAGGCUGCACGAAGAGAAUGAAGAUAUCCCACAAGCGGCUGAACGCAGACCGACGGACCAUCCGGACGGAGGACAAGAUCCUGGAGGUGGAGAUAAAGAAGGGAUGGAAGGAGGGGACGAAGGUCACCUUCCCUAAAGAGGGGGACGAGACGCCGACUAACAUCCCGGCAGACGUGGUGUUCGUGGUCAAGGAUAAGCCACACCCGGUGUUCCGGCGAGACGGCUCUGACAUCGUUUACCCCGCCAAGGUCUCCCUCAGAGAGGCGCUGUGCGGCUGCACGGUCAUCGCCCCCACGUUGGACGGCAGGACAGUAACCGUGACGACAGGGGACGUGGUGCGUCCGGGGAUGAAACGACGCAUCAUGGGGGAGGGGCUUCCUCUGCCCAAGCGGCCCGAUCGCCGCGGUGACCUGCUGGUGGAGUACGAGGUGGCGUUUCCGGAGAGACUGAGUCAGAGUGCCAAGGAGACCAUCGCACAGGUGCUUCCACCCUAGUCCUGAUCGCUAUGAACUAUGAACUUGUUAAGGACAAACCGGACGGAGCCGACGAACAGUGAAAAGCAACAGGUGCUUCCACCCUAGUCCUGAUCGCUAUGAACUAUGAACUUGUUAAGGACAAACCGGACGGCGCCGACGAACAGUGAAAAGCAACAGGUGGCUGUCCUCCCUAUCGCCUCUGACCAGAGAACGUUUAACCACCGCCAUUUUCUCUUCAUUUCCAGACCAUUCUGCGUGUUGAAUCACCAUCGUUCGUCGACACCCAUCAGGUGACCUACUGCGCACGGCCAACGUUCGUUAUGGUGUCUCUUGUCCUUUAGUUGAGAACUGCCACUUUGGACCUCGUGAGUCCACUUCAGAACCACUAGUGAGCUGAGGAAAAACCUGCAACCAAUAUUCAAAAAGCAUCUUAGAGUAGGCAUACUGAUCUAGGAUCAGUGUAGCCUUUUAGAUAAUAAUACAUGUGACUACAUGGACAGGGGGGCACCUGAUCCCAGACCAGCACUCCUGCACUGUAGAACCAGAGAACAUCAUAUACAUGUUGUUUAGCUUCCUAUUGUAUGAGCCUCUUUUUAUCUCUACUUCCCCACUGGUGAAUGUUGCCAUGUACAGACUAGAGCACAGGUGUCAAACUCAUUCCACGGGGGGCCGAGUGUCUGCGGGUUUUCGCUCCUCCCUUAUACUUGAUUGAUGAAUUAACAUCACUAAUUAGUUAGGAACUCCCCACACCUGGUUGUCUAGGGCUUUAUUGAAAGGAAAAACCAAAAACCUGCAGACACUAGGCCCUCCGUGGAAUGAGUUUGACACCCCUGGACUAGAGCCAUUGGCUUGUUAUCAGUGGUUUCCAAACCUCUUCUCUGGGACGCUCAGACAUUUAACACCACGUUGUAGCCCUGAACUAUCUCACCUGAUUCACCUAGUCAAGGGCUUGAUGAUUGGUUGAUAUGAGAGAGAUGUGAGAAUGAAUGGGUUCUAUAUGACUCCCUCUCCAAGACAUUUACUGCCAGAGAGACUGGAGUAAGAGAUCACCUGAUUCACCUAGUCAAGGGCUUGAUGAUUGGUUGAUAUGAGAGAGAUGUGAGAAUGAAUGGGUUCUAUAUGACUCCCUCUCCAAGACAUUUACUGCCAGAGAGACUGGAGUAAGAGAUCACCUGAUUCACCUAGUCAAGGGCUUGAUGAUUGGUUGAUAUAAGAGAGAGAGAUGUGAGAAUGAAUGGGUUCUAUAUGACUCCCUCUCCAAGACAUUUACUGCCAGAGAGACUGGAGUAAGAGAUCACCUGAUUCACCUAGUCAAGGGCUUGAUGAUUGGUUGACUAAUGUAAUCAGAUGUUCUGGCUCUUGAGUAGAUGAAAUCCAUUUGUCUGUGGGUCCCCCAGGAGAGGUCUGAGAACUCCUGUUUUGGGGGAUUAGAUUGUAAUUCUUGGUGGCGUUUCUUUGUAGAUGACGUCUCUUCAUGUACCGUUUCUAGGGGUUUAGGUAUCAUGGGUGGUUUUCAUGGCUCUGGAUUCUGAUCAAAUCAAUAGAAAGUAUUGCCACUGAUCACUGAUCAAUACCCAUAGUCUGAUAAUACCCAUAGUCUGAUAAUACCCAUAGUCAUUGGUUUAGAAGAGAAACAAUGCUAUUUGAAUGCAUAGAAAUAUAAUCUAUAGAACCGACCUUCCCAUUCAAGUCAAUGCUGAUUCUAUUUCUAUGCUUGAAAGGUCUUUACUUUUCCAGGAUGCCUACAAUAACAGGGUGGAGGGAAGUGUGAGGUGUGUGUUUCAGCUAGCGUGUAUGAGUUAGCUGACUAGGUGAACUUUUUGUACAGAAACGGUUGGAAUGUGUGACUUGCUGUAGGAUCUGGGCUUUGUAUGGUGGAACUGUUGGAUUGUGUACUAUCAUGAGAUAGGAUGUGAGCACAGUAACCAUGGGCGAUAUAGGCUUUCAUGUUAUACCCAUAGCACUCCUCUUUACUCAAUAUUAUACACAACAUGUAUUGUUGCUACCUGUUGUUGAUGCAGCAAGUGAGAACUGUCCAGAAACUGAUAUAAAGCUGUGUUUAUCGAGCAAAGAAUAUCAACUUUUGCUUUGUAAUGAUCUAUGCAUUUAAAUGAAAGAUCCCUCACCUCAAUAUAGAGGCCAUUAUUUCUCCUUCACAACAGGAACUCGUUUUUAUAUUUAAAUCAUGUCAUUCAGAUUUAAGGAUUACCUUUAAGAAAAUGUUAACCCUGGACAGAAUCUUCUACAACUGCAGCCAGACUUAGGAUUUCUUAGUUUACUAAACAUUUCCCACGUAUGUGUUAUAUUUCUGAACAGUUUUCUAUACACACAAUGUAUUUUCUACAUGACUUUCAUAAGUAAAUAAAGUCUGUUUUCUUCUAGAUAAA